AUGAUCUCAGAGGACAUCGACAUUGGCCACGUGCUGCUGGAGGCGCGCACGCGAUGGCUCAAGCCGGUCGAGGUGUGCAACAUCCUGCAGAACUUCCGCAAAUACGAGUUUCAGCUCAACCAAGAGCCACCAGCCAAGCCGCCAAGCGGGUCGUUGUUCCUGUUCGAUCGGAAGGUGGUGCGAUACUUUCGCCGCGACGGACACGUGUGGCGCAAGAAGAAGGACGGCAAGACCGUUCGCGAGGCGCACGAAAAGCUCAAGGCGGGCAGCGUGGACAUUCUGCAUUGCUACUACGCGCACGCGGAGAGCGACGACCGCUUCCAGCGCCGCUGCUACUGGCUGCUCGACGGGGAGAACGAAAACAUUGUGCUUGUGCAUUACCGUGAAGUGGCUCAGGGUACGGGGCGGGCGCAGCAGUCCCCUAGGCAUAGCACGGUGGACUCCAUGCCGAUAUAUGCCACCCAGGGCCCCGACAUGAGCAUAGACGACCUCUCCGCGUCCGUGGGCGGCGGGAUGGGCGGCAUGGGCGGCGGCGGAGCUCGCAGCGCGGGCAUGGCGCUAAUGGGCGGGGGAAGCAGCGCGGCUGGUGCGGGUAUGGGCAGCGCCAGUGCCGCUGGUGGUGCUGGGGCUGUUGCUGGUGGCGUUGGGGGUGUUGGGGAUGUGGGCGGGAUGGGGAUGGGCGGGAUGGGCAUGCAUACCCCCUCCACCAGUCGUUCUGGCAGCGGGCGCAUGAUGGGUCUCCCCUACGCCUCUAGCUCCGCCUCUGCUGGCGGAACUGCUGGCGGAGGGGCGGGGGGCGGCGGAGCAGGCAUGGGCGCGGGCGGAAGGGGCGGGGGCGCGUUUUCCAUGGAUAUUCCCGCGUCCCCUAGUCACGGCAACGAGUACUGCUCGUCUAACGCGGGCGGGAACGAGUCCGGGGCGUUCAUGGGCGGGGGAAGGCGCGGGGAGGAGGGGGAGGAAGACGAGUAUGAGAGCGGUUCAGAGCGGUUUGGUGAGGAGGGGGACUCGGCUCUGAACUGGACGCAGCUGGAUAUGCAAGGGGGCGGGGUGAAGGGUGUUGGCGGCGGGAUGGACGGUGGUGGGCUGGGUGUGGGUCAGCAUCAUCAGCAGCAGCAGCAGCAGCAGCAGCAGCAGCAGCAGCAGGCAGUGCAGCAACAGCAGUUGCGGCUGCUGCAACAGCAGCUGCUCCAGCAGCAGCAGCAGGGGCCACAGCAGCAGGGGCAGGUGGCAGGGGGGAUGACGGAUUUCAUGGGGCUGUCGUCGCACGGCGGCCUGGGUGUAACAGGGGCGGCUGACCCCCUCUUGCAACAGGGACAGGGGCAGGUGGUGGCGGGAAUGACGGAUUUCAUGGGGCUGUUUUCCAGCUCUGUCAGUGCGCUGCACGGCAGCCUGGGUGUCACGGGGCUGGCUGACCCCCUCAUGCAGCAGAUUGGCCUCGCUUCCCCUUUCCUUUUCCUCUUCCCCUCCUUCCCUCCCAUCAUUUCCGUCCUCCCCCGUGCUCUCACAUCCCUUCUCCCUGACCUCGCCCCCCUUCUCCCUAAUCUCACCUCCCUUCUCCCUAAUCUCACCUCCCUUCUCCCUGAUCUCACCUCCCUUCUCCCUGAUCUCACCUCCCUUCUCCCUAAUCUCACCUCCCUUCUCCCUAAUCUCACCUCCCUUCUCCCUAAUCUCACCUCCCUUCUCCCUAAUCUCACCUCCCUUCUCUCUAAUCUCACCUCCCUUCUCCCUAAUCUCACCUCCCUUCUCCCUAAUCUCACCUCCCUUCUCCCUAAUCUCACCUCCCUUCUCCUAAUCUCACCUCCCUUCUCCCUAAUCUCACCUCCCUUCUCCCUAAUCUCACCUCCCUUCUCCCUAAUCUCACCUCCCUUCUCCCUAAUCUCACCUCCCUUCUCCCUAAUUUCACCUCCCUUCUCCCUGAUCUCACCUCCCUUCUCCCUGAUCUCACCUCCCUUCUCCCUAAUCUCACCUCCCUUUUCCCUAAUCUCACCUCCCUUCUCCCUUAUCUCACCUCCCUUCUCCCUAAUUUCACCUCCCUUCUCCCUAAUUUCACCUCCCUUCUCCCUGAUCUCACCUCCCUUCUCCCUAAUCUCACCUCCCUUUUCCCUAAUCUCACCUCCCUUCUCCCUGAUCUCACCUCCCUUCUCCCUGAUCUCACCUCCCUUCUCUCUGCGCUUCCCUCCGUUCCUCCCGUUCUCUCGCAUGCCCGUUUCACACACCAACCAUCAGCAGCAGCUCUCUCGGCUGCUGGAACAGCAUCAGCAGCAGCACCAGCAGACUUUUGAGACGUCUCAAAAGCUCUCACCUCCCAUCUCCCUGCUCACACCUCUCUUCUCUGCCCUUCACUCUCUCAUGCCCGUUUCUCAGAACAACCAUCAGCAGCAGCUCUCGAGGCUGCUGGAGCAGCAGCAGCAGCAGCAACAGCAGCAGCACCAGCAGCAGCAGCGGGACAUGCAGUCGCUCCUGCGAGACACAGUCGUGCUGGACGAGCUUAUCAAGGCGUCCGGCCUCGCAGGCUCCUUGGAUGCUUCUGCAGCGGGCACAGCAGGUGCUGCAGGCGCUGCUGGUUCUGCUGGUUCCGGGAAUGUGGCACUGCCGGCAGCAGGAGCAGGAGCAGCGGGUGCAGCAGAGGCGCAGUUGAAUUCGCUCAUGUAUGCCCGCUCGGGCUCUGGCCCACACACAGACCUGUCAUCGCUGCUCCUGCAGACUGUCCCUCUCAACGAGGCAGGCAGAGAAGCAGCCUUCAGCGGAGGCGGCGCCUCCGGCUCCCCUCGAGCCAUCGCUGCAGCCACCGCCGCCGCAGCCGCCGCCAUAGCAGCCGCCGCAGCUCCGGCCGUACCUCCCGAGAGCUGGCUCGGCGCGUACCCUCCGGAGCUCCGAAGCUCCGGAGGCUCGGGGCGCCCGGGAUUCUCAAAUAUGUUUGAUGAGAUGCAGACGGAUGGGUCUAAUAGGAGCUUAUCAGGGUUGCCGUUGCCCCCUAGUGGAAGCAUGCCCAAGAGUGGCAGCAUCAUCCCUCAGAGCGGCAGCAUGCCGAACGAGCCUGCGCUGUUCCGGAAACUGGACAGCUUUGGCGAGUGGAUCGAGGAGGUUUAUAAAGGGGAUGGUGGUGCGGGAGGGGGCGGGGGAGCAGGCGGGGAUGGGGCGGGGGUGGGGGAGGAUGCGGUUAUGGGGGGUGGUGCUUUCCCUCUCUCUACUUCUGGAGCUGGUGGUGGCAGUGGCGGUGGUGGUGGUGGUGGCGGUGGUGGCAGUGGUGGCGGUGGUUUUGGCACUGGCACUGACUCUUUUGAUAUGAGAAUCACCCAGGCUAUGCGCCGGUCUGCCCCCACGCCCUCCCCUCUCUCCUCCCCCGAGCCCUUCCCCUCCUCCCCGUGUUCCUCCGGUAUGGGCGCGGGUACGGGGUUGGAGAGGCAGGAGGUGAGUUUCAAGUUGGGGGUGAAGGAGGAGGCGGGAGGGGACGGCGAGGAGGAGGGAGGUGUGGGGCUGGGAGGCAGCAGGUAUGACCUCUCAUUCAUGGGAGCUUCUCCCAUGCUUCCUCUGGGCACCACGGCUCCUGCUGCGGCUGCCAGUGGUGCAGCAGACUCGCCGCGCCCCAUGGUGACGUUUUCCAUUGCGGACUAUGCUCCCACCUCUGCUGCCACCAUGGGGGGCGUCAAGGUGCUGUUAGCAGGGUCUGUCCACGAUCCGCGAGGCACCCCAAGCCCCCACACGCGCUCCUCCCCCCGCGGCAGCUUCUCAGGCAGCGGCAGCCUUAGCGGGAGCGGGGGCAGUUUCGGUGCUGGGGGGGGUCUUGGUGGGGGCGGGCUUGGGGGGACGGGCAGUGGGAGUUUCGGGCGGGGGGACACAGUGUGGGGCGUGCGGUGGGGGGUGACGUUCGGAGAGGUGGAGGUGGAAGCUGAGCAGGUUGUGCACGGUGUACUGCGGUGCGUGGCUCCCAUUCACAAGCAAGGGCGGGUUAGCCUGCGCGUCACCUGCACCCCUGCUGCUGCUGUGACUGUGACUGCUCCUGGGGACCGGAACAGGACUUAUGCAAAGAGUGGUCUUGGCAGUGGUGCUGGUGGUGCUGGUGCUGGUGCUGGUGCUGGAAGUGGUGGUGAAGGGGAUGGUAGCAGGCCGAGUCUCUCCCGUCUGUUUCUCUCUGAACGCGCUCUGCUGUCCCGCCUCCUCUGCUUCAUCUCCCGCAUCAACCGCGCCAGCCUGGCGGACGUCAGCGCUGACUGGGCGUGGGUGGAUGAGGCGCUGGCGUCCACGUCAGCAGCAUGCCCGGAUGAAGCGGAGUGGAGCGGCAGGCAGGAUGGGAACAGGGGGGAGGGGGCGGCGGAUAGGGAGGGAAUGGGGGUGGAUAGAGAGGAGGGGGAGGAUGAGGAGGAUGAUGAGGAGAGGGAGAUGAGCAUGUGGGGGUAUGGGAGUGAUGAGGAGGAUGCGGAUGAAUAUGCUCUCAGACUCCAAUGUCAAGGAGGGGCGGAUACAGAGAGAGGAGGAGGAGGGGAGGGGGAGGAGGAGGAGCGGAGGGAGGAGCAGCAGGGGUCCAGGGGAGUCCACGAUGCAGCGAGGGAGGCGGGCAGGAGGGGCAUGGGGCUGGGCCUGGGGCACCUCGUGGCUGCCCUGGGGUGGCCGUGGGCUGUGCCGCUGCUCAUGAGUGUGGGGUGGGACCUGAACGCGAGGGACAAGAGGGAUUGCACGGCUCUGCACUGGGCUGCUGCAAAAGGGAGAGAGGCAAUGGUGGUGGCGCUGGUGGCAGCAGGCGCCAACUCCUCUCUCCUAGCGCGAGUGGGAGGGGCGGAGCGCACAGCAGCAGACACAGCGUCAGCAUGCGGGCACACGGGCAUCGCGGCCUAUCUAGCAGAGUCGUCCCUCAACGCCUCCCUCUCCUCCAUGACCAUUCAGGACCAGCACCAGCUGGCCACCGACCCUUCUCUUCUCCAAUCAGCCGCUGCUGCUGGCCAUGCAGCCGUUGCCGCAGCAGCUGCUGGCGCCGCCGGUAGGGGUGUUGGUCCUGGUGCCGCUGGUGGUGGUGGUGGUGGUGGUGCUGCUGCUGGUGGUCUCCCGGGGGUGGUUCGCCCCGCCGCUGUCGCUGCGUCGCCCGACAUGCAAGAAACGCUGGAUGCGAUUCGGAGGACAGCGCAGGCCGCAGCGUUGAUCCAGGAGCGGUUCAGGAAGCACUCGGAGCGAAGGAGGCAGCAGCAGCAGGAGGAGGAGGAGCUUCGGGAGCAAGAGAGAGCAGUGGCGGCGGCAGCGGAGGCAGCGGCAGGGCUGGGGAUCGGAGGGGACGAUGAGUUGGAUGAGGAGGAGGCGAGGAUGCUGGUGGCGGCGAGGAAGAUUCAGAACGCGUUCCGAGGGCACAAGACCUUCAAGCAGUCGGAGGCUGCGCGGAGCAUUCAGCGGCGGUUCCGCACGUGGAAGCACCGGAGAGAGUUUCUGCGCAUGCGACAGCGGGUUAUCAAGAUUCAGGCGCACGUGAAGGGGCACAUUCAGCGGCAGAAGUACAAGAAGAUGAAGUGGGGCCUUGGGAUCAUCGCCAAGGCCGUCCUGCGCUGGCGGUUCCGCCGCAGCGGCGUGCGGGGGCUCCGUGCCCAGCAAGAUGGAUGCCACUCCAACGGUGGACAUGGCGCGCUCCAUACUACGCCAAUUUCCAUGGCACUCCACUUCCACUCGCCCACCCCAGACCACACGCACUUUCGCGCGUUCCUCCCUACCUCUCCCGCCAUGGAGCCUCUCCCUGCUACAGGAUAUCCGUUCUUCGCGGACUCGUUACACGCAAGCAAACGCCUGCGAUCCCUCUCAUCCUCCCCGAUCUCUGUCCCUCCAGCGACCCUCCUCGAUACUACGCUCAGCCUAUCCUCCAAUCCAGUCGCCACCCCUCCGCCGUGCCCGCCGUGUAAUGGCGCGAUUUUGGAACAGUGUCCCCCACGCUCGCCAUGCGACGACAACACAAAUGCCGCGCUUCCCUUCCUUGCAAUGCUCCGCCGUCUCAAGCCGCAAGCGCAAUCCCCUCCCCAGAUUCCGCGCUUCUUCAGCUCCAGUCCACUCCGGCGGACCAAUCCAACACUCCCCCCGGUUACUGCAGCGAUUCCCGCCGCAGCUCCCGCCGCCAUUCCCGCGCGCUGUCCGCUCCCGCCUGUGGAGGCCCUCCGCCGCGCCGUGAAACGCUCGCAUGCCGUAGCCCGUCUCGACGAGGAGGUUACCAGCGAGCUUCGGACCGCCUUUCCCUCCGAUUGCCCCUUGCAAGUCCCGUCAAAUGCGCUCGAGGUUGGUGCCGCGGCGUCGGGACUUCCAGCGGUGCUUCCGUGCGACGCUGACGUGGCGGAGCGGCUCGUGAAGUAUGACAGGCUGACGUCGUCGCUGCGUGGCUCUCUGCCAGCCGCGAAUCUUGCGCAGUGGGACGCGGCGGUGGGAAAGCUGAGGGAUCGCGUCGCGAUGAAGGAGGAGUUUGGAAACGACGUGAACGGGUUUCUUCUGUUUCUCCACGCGCAGCUCGGCGCGCAGCAGCCGUCGGCGCGCAAGGCGCUGCAGCUGUUCGCUGCGUUCAAGCAAGCGCAGCGGCAGAACUCAGGAGCCGCGGUGGGGUCUGAAGCGCCGCUGCCGGCGGCAGCUGCGGUGGUUUUGCGCCGUGUCCCUGCACAGACGGUCGAGAUGGGAGAUUCCAAACCCUCCGGAGGCGGCGGCGGGAGCGGGCUACAGCUCGAUCUGGACACGUUCGGUCGCCGCCUGAAGCUUCUCUACGACAGCUGGCGAAAGGACGAAAGCCAUUCGUGGGGUAACACGAGCGCGUUCGCCGUCGCGACUCCCCCGGCGAGCGAGGACAUGCGAUACCUCAAGUCGUCGGCGCUGCAGAUCUGGUUACUGGGUUACGAGUUCCCCGAGACCGUCAUGGUGUUUCUGCAGGGCGGCGGAGCCGGCGGGGAAGGCGGCGGAAGCGGCGGAACGGUGCACGUGGUGUGCAGCCAGAAGAAGGCGCAGCAUCUGGAGGCCGUCCGGCGCGUGUGCGCGGAGAAAUCCGGCGGAGUGGAGAUGGUGCUGCAUCCCAAGCCUCGCAGCGAGGACGGGUCCUCCCAGAUGGCACAGGUCAUCGACGCCAUCCGAGCCUCCGGCGCAGGCUCGGCAGGCGGAGGUCCGGUGCGACUGGGCGUGCUGGCAAAGGAGGCUCCGGAGGGGGCGAUCAUGGAGAAAUGGGCGGCUGCAGUGGAGGCAGCAGCCGGUGGGGAGGGCGGGGAGAGCGGUGGAGAGGGGUUGGAGACGGUGGAUGUGGGUCCGGCGCUGGGGGAUGUUCUGGCGGUUAAGGAUGAUGGCGAGGUGAUCAACAUCAAGAAGGCUGCAUUCCUUAGUGCUCAGGCGCUCAAGGCGUUCGUGGUGCCGAAGAUGGAGGUGCUGAUAGACGAGGAGCGCAGCAUGACGCACGCGGAGCUGAUGGAGCAGACAGAGGAGGUGAUUACGGACCCUGCCAAGAUCAAAGUCAAGCUCAAGCCCGACAACUGCGACAUCUGCUACCCGCCCGUCUUCCAGAGUGGGGGACAAUAUGACCUGCGAGCAUCAGCAGUGAGCAGCGACGAGCCUCUGUGCUAUGACUCAAUGGGUGUCAUCAUCUGUGCCAUCGGUGCCAGAUACGCCUCCUAUUGUUCCAAUGUCGCGCGCACCUACCUGAUUGACGCUACCAAGGCACAGGAGAAGGCGUACCAGGUGCUAUUGCGGGCACAGGAAGCGGCAAUAGCAGCAAUCAAGCCAGGGGUGCGGCUGGGGGAUGUGUACCGGGCAGCAGUGGCGGUGGUGGAGAGGGAAGCACCGGAGCUGGUGGCUCAUCUCACCAAACACGCCGGCACUGGCAUAGGCAUCGUGGCGGUGGUGGAGAGGGAAGCACCGGAGCUGGUGGCUCAUCUCACCAAACACGCCGGCACUGGGAUAGGCAUCGUGCAUGUGCGUUCAACGUGGUGCUGGGAGGGAGCCUGGGACUGCCUUUCGAGACGUCUCAAAAGUCAAUGUGGUGCUGGGAGGGAGCAUGGGACUGCACGGGCUCACACCCCCUGCUUGUCUCUCUCCCCUGUGCUCUCCUGCGCUGCCGUGUGUCUCUCCCCAGAGUUCCGAGCGGCGGGUCUGACCCUCAACGCUAAGAACGAGCGCACGGUGAAAUCGGGCAUGGCAUUCAACGUGGUGCUGGGGCUACACAACCCAACACUCAUCUGUCUGCCUGUCCUGUGCCUCCCUGCAGAGUUCCGAGAGACGGGUCUGACCCUCAACGCCAAGAACGAGCGGACAGUGAAAUCAGGCAUGGCAUUCAACGUGGUGCUGGGGCUACACAACCCAACACUCAUCUGUCUGCCUGUCCUGUGCCUCCCUGCAGAGUUCCGAGGGACGGGUCUGACCCUCAACGCCAAGAACGAGCGGACAGUGAAAUCAGGCAUGGCAUUCAACGUGGUGCUGGGGCUACACAACCCAACACUCAUCUGUCUGCCUGUCCUGUGCCUCCCUGCAGAGUUCCGAGAGACGGGUCUGACCCUCAACGCCAAGAAUGAGCGGACAGUGAAAUCAGGCAUGGCAUUCAACGUGGUGCUGGGGCUACACAACCCAACACUCAUCUGUCUGCCUGUCCUGUGCCUCCCUGCAGAGUUCCGAGAGACGGGUCUGACCCUCAACGCCAAGAACGAUCGGACAGUGAAAUCAGGCAUGGCAUUCAACGUGGUGCUGGGGCUACACGGGCUCACCAACCCAGAGGCCGGAGGGGAGGAUGGAGCGGAGGCGAACGGGGCUGCACAGCCUCACCACUGCCCCUUGCUUGUUCGCCUGCCCUAUGUUGCCCUGACGGUGAAAUCGGGCAUGGCGUUCAACGUGGUGCUGGGACUGCACGGCCUCACCAACCCAGAGGCUGGCGGGGAGGAGGGCGGCGAGGCGGACGGAAACGCAGAGGCCGGAAAGGAAGGGGGCAAGGAGGGCAAGGGCGGGAAUGCGAAGCUGAGGAAGUAUGCACUGCUGGUGGCGGAUACGGUGACGGUGAGGGGCGUUGCUGACAAGGACCGUUGGGUGGACGUGGCUACUGCUUCUGCCUCUAAAUCGUUCGCUGACGUCGCUUAUUCCCUCAAGGGGGAAGAUGAAGAAGAGGAGGAGGCAGACAAGGGGAAACGACCGGCAGAGGCAGCAGGCGGGGCGGAGCCCACUGUGUUUGCGCGUGCUCACCUGCGGUCGGAGAAUCAGGAGGCAACAAAGGAGGAGCUGCGGCGGCAGCACCAGGCAGAGCUGGCGAAGCAGAAGAUUGAGGAAACGGCCCGGCGGCUUGCUGCUGGGGGGCUGGGGGCGCGCGAGGGCGAGGGGGCGAAGCGGCAGACAGGGGAUUUGGUGUCGUACGGUGAUGUGGAUGAAAUUCCGCUCGCGAUGAAGGACUAUAAGAUCCAGGUGGAUCAAAGGCAUGAAUCCGUCCUGCUGCCCAUUUAUGGUCUCUUGGUGCCGUUCCACGUGAGCAUGAUCCGCAACGUCACCAGCCAGCAGGACGGAGGGCACAUCUACAUCCGCAUCAUCUUCAACGUGCCUGGGGCUGGAUUCAGUGCUGCCGACCUGCCCAUGCAGAAGUUUCCAGAUAGCAUCUUCAUUAAAGAGCUGUCGUUCAAGUCAACAGACUCACGACAUGCGAAUCAGGUGGUGCAGCUGAUCAAGACCAUGAGCAAGCACGUGCGGCAGCGGGAGUCGGAGCGUGCUGAGAGAGCGACACUUGUCACGCAGGAGAAGCUCCAGCUCAGCAAGGGCCGCCCGCCCCGCCUGCCCGACCUCUGGAUCCGCCCUUCCUUCGGAGGGAAGGGGCGGAAACUCACUGGGUCUUUGGAGGCUCACCUCAAUGGGUUCCGGUACUCGACUGCUAAGCCGGACGAGAGGGUGGAGGUGAUGUAUGGCAACAUCAAGCACGCCUUCUUUCAGCCCGCCGAGAACGAGAUGAUCACCCUGCUGCACUUCCACCUACACAACCCCAUCAUGGUCGGCAAGAAAAAGACAAAAGACGUGCAGUUCUUCGCCGAGGUCAUGGAGGUGGUCCAAACCGUGGGCGGCUCGCGCCGCUCGGCUUACGAUCCGGACGAAAUCGAGGAGGAGCAGAGGGAGCGGGAGCGGCGGAGCAAGAUCAACCGGGAGUUUAAAUCCUUUGUCAGCGCGGUGCAUUCUCUCUGGGAGAAGGACCGCGAGCUCUCUCGUCUCGACCUCGAAUUCGACGUGCCAUUCCGGGAAUUAGGGUUUCACGGCGUCCCGCACAAGUCGUCCGCGUUCAUCGUACCGACGGUGAACUGUCUCGUGGAGCUUAUAGAGGUGCCCUUUCUGGUGGUCACUUUGAACGAGGUAGAGAUUGUAAAUCUGGAGCGCGUGGGUCUCGGGCAGAAAACUUUUGACAUGGCGAUCGUAUUCAAGGAUUUCAAGCGGGAUGUGCUGCGGAUCGAUGCGAUUCCGAGCACGUCGCUCGACUCGGUGAAAGAAUGGCUGAAUUCGAUGAACAUCAAGUACUACGAGUCACGUCUGAAUCUCAGCUGGAAGGCAAUUCUGCAGAAUAUCAUGAGCGAUCCCGAGGCCUUUCUCGCGGACGGCGGGUGGGAGUUUCUGAAUCUGGAAGCUUCGGACAGCGAGGGGGAGGAGUCGGAGGAAUCGCAGGCGUACGAGCCGUCGGAUCUGGAGGAGGCUGCAUCCGACGAUGACGAUGACGAGAGCGAGGAUGAUGAGAGUGUGGUGGAUAGUGAGGAGGAGGAGGAGGAGGAGGAGGAAGAGGAGGAGGAGGAGGGUCCGACGUGGGAUGAGCUGGAGGCGAAGGCGCUAAGGGAGGAUCGGGAGAAGGGGGAGGAGAGUGAUAGUGACGCGACCAAAGUACUGACACUUAGUCCAGUCCGCAAUCCUCCGCAAGCCAUGGUUGGAAGCAAGCGAUAA